ACAUCACCUUCAAACAAACCAGACCCCAGGAAGACGUCAGCCCUCAACCUGCCUGACUGACUCCCCCUUUCCCGUAUAAGAAAAAGCUAACCUGAAGUUUUUCCUUAGGUGUGGAAUUGCUAGAGCUCUGGAGAAGAUGUUGGUCCUAAACUGUUCUACCAAAUUACUGAUACUGGAGAAAAUGUUGAAGAGUCUCUUUCCUCAAUCACUCAAGGUUUAUGGAGCAGUGAUGAACAUAAAUCGUGGAAAUCCCUUUCAAAAGGAAGUGGUAUUGGAUUCAUGGCCACACUUCAAAGCUGUUAUCACUCGGCAGAAGAAAGAGGCUGAGACAGAUGACCUGGACCAUUACACUAAUGCCUAUGCUGUAUUCUACAAGGAUGUCAAGGCUUUCCGAGGGCUGCUGGAAGAAUGUGAUGUUAUCAACUGGGACCAAGUGUUUCAAAUACAAGGGUUGCAGAGUGAGUUAUAUGAUGUUUCCAAAGCUGUUGCCGACUCAAAGCAGUUGGAUGUAAAGCUAACUUCCUUCCAGGCUGUGCGGUUUUCUCCUACUUCAAGUCUGCCAGACACCAGUAUUGUAAAGAGUUCUCCCCCACGACUAACCUACCUGAGUGUUGCCGAGGCUGAUCUGCUCAACCGGACGUGGUCACGAGGUGGCAACGAGCAGUGUCUCCGGUACAUCGCCAGCCUCAUCUCCUGCUUCCCCAGUGUGUGUGUCCGUGACGACAAGGGAAACCCCAUCUCUUGGUCCAUCACAGACCAGUUUGCCACCAUGUGCCACAGCUACACCCUGCCAGAGCAUCGCAGAAAAGGUUAUAGCCGGCUGGUGGCCCUCACCCUGGCCAGGAAGUUGCAAAGCCGGGGGUUCCCCUCUCAGGGCAAUGUCCUUGAUGACAACGUGGCAUCGAUAGGCCUCCUGAAGAGUAUCCAUGCUGAGUUCUUGCCUUGUCGUUUUCAUAGGCUUAUUCUCACCCCUGCAGCUUUCUCUGGUCGAGUUUACCUCUAGCCCAGUGAGACUCUAGGAAUUUUCUUCC